GCGUGUGCGGGGGGAAGACCUGGCUACGAGUUGAAACGGAAAGAGGAAAAAGAGCCCAGAGCUCGCUGGGUUGUUGUUGUGUGACAUCCAGGAGGGAAGGUGAGUCCGGAGCGUGGCGGCGGUGCUACGGGCAUGUGCGGGGUGUUGCUCGCCGUUCAAGGGGUGCGGAACAUAAAUGCAAUGUGGCACUGCUUACACAUUUGGGAAAGUAAUAUGCAAGGUUGAGUAUUGAAGAGGUUGGGUCUACCCUGUCACAUUUUCUACCCCAUCGCUUGUUUAUCCUGACAAUCAAUCUGCCCAUGAAGACAGGGAGCAGCUUCCCAUCCCAGAGGCAGCCAUGUCUACCUGCUAAGUGCCUUUAGCCUUUAGCACUGGUGUCAUGACCAGCCUGAAGCACCCACCCAUGGAGCGCACUGUUGGGGGUUCCAUCCCAGCCACUGAUGAGUUUUACACACGCCACCUCCGUAUGGUCAAUGGAGGGAAUGUGCCGACACGCACAGACAAUGUCCAUGCCACUGUGAGCACAGGAGUGCCUAAAAUGGGUGUACGGGCUCGGGUGGCUGACUGGCCCCCAAGAAAAGACAUUACAGGGGCUCAGUGGCUCUUAACUGCAGAGCCAGAGAACUCUGUUGUGCCCUCUGGUGGAAAAGUUCACAUAAAGUUAGGCUCUGUUAUGAGCCCUCAGGACUCAUCGAUGCUGCGGAACAUCCACAAUACUUUGAAAAAUCGCGCCCAGGCUAACAAUUACAGUCCUGAAACGCGUUACCUGGGCCCAGGAGACUACAGAGGUCCUGCAUAUAGAAACCCAAGACAGAGACGCAUUCGUCAGCGAAGCAACAGUGACAUGACUAUCAGUGAGAUGGAAGGCAGUGGGGAUAGUGGAGAAGACUGGGGUUCAGCCUUGGGAGCUAAAUGGUCCCCUCUUCAUCGGGAGUACGGUAGCACCUCCUCAAUAGAUCAGCAUGGAGUAUCUGGGGAGAGCUUCUUUGAAAUGCUGAAGGGAUAUCAAGGGGAUAAAGUUGACCAGCGUAGCCCUGCUCCAGAGAAACUGGAAGACAUGUUGAAUGUUGGGUCGAGGCAGACUAUCAUGGAUCUUCCGGAGGAGGUGGACAGCCAGCCUCCUAAAGCCAAGGACAGAGAUAAGACCCCGAAAAGACGCACUAAAUCAGAGACGGGGGGUGAGUCUAUAUUUCGCAAACUACGAAAUGUGCGGGGUGAGUUGGACUCCCCCAGAGCGGGGUCUGAUGUAGAGGACAGCCGGACAGAGGACAUGGGGCCCCCUCUAAAGCCCUGGGUGUGUCAGAAAGGAUUUUCCCAUUAUGAUGUUCAGAGCACGUUAUUUGACCUCAACGAAAUUAUUCAGCUGCGGCAGACUGCAGGCAAGAGGAAAAACACCACCACUGGGGCCUCUGCUGCUGCUGUGGCCUCAGCUACCUCCACCCUCUCAUCCACCCACAGCCUGCCUUACAGCUCCCCGAGUGGCAGCCAGGAAGAGCUCAGCUCUAGGGACAGUCCAAGUCUUGAAGGAGGAGAUGAACAGAGCAACGAAAUGCUGCUGAGCUGCCCUUGCUUCCGCAACGAGAUAGGCGCAGAUGGCAAUGGAAGGCGCAGAUUGGGAGCAGGUGGGAUGGGGUAUCAUGGGCUUGUGGGCGGUGGAACAGGCAACAGUGGCUCAGGGACCUUGUAUGGGGAAGGAAACUUGUAUGAAACAUCUGUAAGCACACACUGCACAAAUGCUGGAGUCGCAGUGCUCGAGGGACCAAAGGAGGGCCCCAGCACCCUCAGCGAAAAGGGCAAGCAAUAUAUUGUGGAGCAUGUGGACCUAGGAGCCUACUACUAUAGGAAGUUCUUUUACCUUAGAGAGCACUGGAACUACUUUGGGAUAGACGAGAUGCUCGGUCCAAUGGCAGUGAGCUUGCGUAGGGAGAAACUGGAUGAGGACAAAGAGCAUGGCCAGCAGUACAACUACCGCCUCAUCUACAGAACGAGCGAGCUGUCAACUCUGCGAGGAUCUAUCCUUGAGGAUGCAGUGCCCCUCACCUCCAAGCAUGGCACCACCCGAGGGCUGCCCAUCAAAGAGGUGCUGGAGUAUCCUCCUGAACUGGACCUCUCCUGCCUCAGACUGGCCCUCAACACACCCAAGGUCACAGAGCAGUUGAUGAAACUGGAUGAACAAGGGCUGAGUUUUCAGGUGAAGGUUGGGGUGAUGUACUGCAGAGCGGGUCAGAGCACUGAGGAGGAGAUGUACAACAAUGAGACAGCCGUCCCCGCCCUGGAAGAGUUUCUCCAACUUCUUGGAGAGAAAGUUCGACUUAGCUUCACCAAGUACAGAGCCCAGCUGGACACCAAAACGGAUUCCACGGGACUUUACUCCCUGUAUACUUCAUACAAGGACUACGAGAUCAUGUUCCAUGUGUCCACUCUGCUGCCGCACACACCCAACAACAAACAACAGUUGCUGAGGAAGCGACACAUUGGGAACGACAUUGUGACUAUUGUGUUCCAGGAGCCCGGUGCUCACCCGUUCACCCCCAAGGCCAUUCGAUCUCACUUUCAGCACGUCUUCAUCAUUGUUCGGGUGCACAACCCCUGCUCUGACACCACGUGCUACAGUGUGGCCGUUACCCGUUCCCAGGACGUUCCCAUCUUCGGCCCGCCAAUCCCCAAAGGUGUGACUUUCCCCAAGUCGACAGUCUUCAGGGAUUUCCUGUUGGCCAAAGUCAUCAACGCUGAAAACGCUGCCCACAAGUCUGAUAAGUUUGGUGCCAUGGCAACACGCACACGUCAGGAGUACCUGCGCGACUUGGCGGAGCGCCACGUGACCACCACGCCGCUGGAGCCCACUGGAAAGUUCCCCUUCAUCUCCCUGGCACACAAACGGCGGGAGAAGGUGCGUCCGUACAGUGGGGGGGAGCUUCGGAGUCUUGGGGCGGUGACCUGGCAGGUGCAUGCAGAAGAUCAGGUGGCUGGUGCUGAACGCGAGUGCCUAUUGGCCAUCUCCAAUGACUUCAUCAUCCUGUUGGAUCAGGAGGCCAAAGCGGUGGUUUUUAACUGUGCCACACGGGAUGUGAUUGGUUGGUCAACGGGGAGCCCAGCCUCCAUGAAGAUCUACUACGAGCGUGGUGAGAGUGUGUCACUGCGCUCGAUCAACAACAACACAGAAGACUUCGGAGAGGUUGUCAAAAGACUGGAGCUGUUGACCAAGGGCUGUCAGACCACUGAGAUGACCCUGCGCCGCAACGCUCUGGGCCAGCUGGGCUUUCACGUCAACUUUGAGGGCAUUGUAGCGGAAGUGGAGCCCUACGGUUACGCCUGGCAGGCUGGGCUGAGGCAGGGCAGCCGCCUGGUUGAGAUCUGCAAGGUGUCCGUGGCCUCGCUGUCUCACGAGCAAAUGAUCGACCUGCUCCGCACCUCCGUCACCGUGAAGGUGGUCAUCAUUCCUCCACAUGAGGACUCCACACCGCGCAGAGGCUGCUCAGAAAUCUACCACAUGCCACUAGUAGACUACAAGAACCACAAGGAGGGAAUGCCCUAUGAGUUAAAGUUCCCCUUCCGCCCGACCAACAACAACAACACAAAGUGGCCACGCACCUCAUCCAGCCCUCAAACACGCGCCACAGGGGGAACGCUGAUCAAGGCCCCGCCCCCAGACCACAGUGACCGAAACUCUGUUGUUAUUCCUCGGAGUGUGUCCAGCGACGGUCGGCCAAUCAACCCCAAAAGAUACUCGCCAGGGAACGACAACUACGCAAUGGCCUGCUCCAUCGUGAUGGGUCGCACACUGCACAACACAAACUCCCCCUCCAACCCCUCCUACCCCGACCCCAUGAGCUCCUCCAACUGGAGGCAGAAGUCUGCGCCUGAUGGGUUUAAUAACAACAACUGCCAGUCCCCUGUGUCAUCUGCGCGGCAGGUAGUAGGUGAAGUUGCCAAUGGGAUCAAAAGUUGCCCAAGCACUGGCGUCGGAUGGUCCCGAACAGGGGAGGUUGAUGCGAGCAGACAGGGAGACAAAGCCAAUGCAGACACUGGGGUUUCCAAGGCGGCGAUUCCUCGACUGCAGCUGGCAGAGCAGAGCAGCCACAUGUCUCCAAACAAAAGCACUAAGUUGGAUGCUCCAUAUUCAUCCAGCCAGUCGAGCAGCAACACGCUCUCAAGCAACGCCUCCAGCUCAGCCCACAGCGAUGAGAAGUGGUACGAAGUCAGCUCACGUUCAGGAGUACGGAGCGAUCUAGAGCUGAACGGCUACCUCCAGGGCGCCUCCACUGACAGUGGCAUCGACGCCACCUCCUUCACCGCCACCCAGAGCAGCACUUCCUCCUCCACAGGUGCCUUCAGGGCUAAGGACAAAAUCCCAUGGCAGGAUGACACAGCAGGCAGCCAGAGGGUAACUGACAGUUCACCUCCAAAUCCAGACUCUCUUGUUGCCGUCGGCGGCAGCGACGUCCCAGCGAAGAGCCCGACAGCGUUUCCACUCGCUCCUGACGAUGGCUCCUACAGCCUGAACGAUGCCACCUCCCACUCCAGUUCUGGCCACUCAGGGAGCCCGAUGGGUCACGACUGCAGCCCAGUGUCCCCACAGGAUGAGACGGCUGAGGCAGGCACUUCAUCUACAUCCCAGAACCCCCAGUCUCCAGGGACCAAGAGUUUCUACCCCCGUCAAGGAGCGACCUCGAAGUACCUGAUUGGCUGGAGGAAACCAGGCGGAACCGUCAACUCUGUGGACUUUGGCAACACACGCAAACGGCACCAGAGUGAUGGUCUUCUGGGCGGCCAACCACAGCUCAGGGCCAAUCUCCGGGGCUCCCAGUCGCCUCAGCGGCACACUGCCAAGUCCAGCCUUGAAGAAGACUUGAAGAAGCUCAUCACACUUGACAGCCCUCCACCUACUACAAGUGAUGAGAAGCCGCUGUUUCCGGGUCCGCCACCCAGUCAUCGCUCCCUGCAGAGAACUCUGUCAGAUGAGAGCAUCUACAGUGGGCAGAGGGAGCCAUCCUCCAGUGGACAACGUGACACGCCCACUGACCUCCUGUUCAGCUGCUCCACCAUUCCACGCUCACCCAUCUCUCGCCAAGGACCAAGCCGGCGAGUGUCACACAAAUCCCUGGGAGACCUGUCAGCAACAGAUACCUCAGAGCUGGAGCUGGAGAAGAAGAGGCAGCAGCUGGAGGACCCAGCCCUCAUGCCCCUGCCAGACAAUGGGGCAGAUGGUCCGCUGGACUGGGCCCACCUGGUGGAUGCUGCCAAGGCCUUCGAGGAGCAGAGGUUGGUCUACCUAGCAGCCCAGGAGGAGAACUCCCAGGCUGAAAGUGCUGCAGCCACCAGCCCCCAGCAGGCUGAACCCCAGGCAGCCCCACUGAGACAACCCUCGCCUGGAGAGACUCCAGCCUGUAUGACGGGUAAGGUCGGCCAGCUGGAGUCAAUGGUGAAGGCCCUGCAGGAGGACCUGAAGAAGGAGAAAGAUGCUAAGGUGUCACUGCAAGCUCAGAUCCAGAGUCUGCGAGAGGACAACCAGCGCCUCCUGGAGGAGUCCUACAGCGCAUCAGCCAAGCUCAAGAAGUUCACAGAGUGGGUCUUCAACACCAUCGACAUGAACUGACACGUUCAGCCGCUGACUGCUUGGUAUUAGGAGUUUGACCACUACUCAAGCUGAUUUGCAUCCUGGUCGUUCAGUACUUUGCACACUUAAUGUUUCUUCAAGGACCAAAACUCAUAACAUGAGUUAUGUGCCAACCCGGACUUGACCACACUUGCCAUCCUUCUUCAGCCUUGUGCAUCUGUGGUAUAAUCAGCAUGAAAGACAAAGAAUCAUUACAAGAAAAGACACAGAGAAUACAGAAAACGAGCUGUGGUCCAACUGUGUAACAGUUUUGAUCAGCAUGCGUCCCUUUCCUUAAGAUUUCACAAAACUUGAUAUGGUGCUUUGUGUCCGAUCUAAUGGAUUGUUGGUUUCCCUGCAUGCCAAAGGGAUUCACAGUUACUGUCCCCGUUUAGCUGCACAGCUAAUUACAAGUGAACAGAUUUCCAAUUAAAAAGCUCCAACACAGUUUGAAAUUGGUUCCACUCAGGCACGCGUUGGUGAAAACUGCCCCAUAUUCCCCUGAUAGAGGUUGACACUUACCAAGAAUUACAUGACCGUGUGUUGUAAAUGAAUCGCUGUUUAGACAUCCUCUAAUUUUCACAUUUCAUUGGUAACAGCACUGAUGAGUAUUUUUUUUAUUACUAACCAAAAGAAGAGAAGCUAUACGAGAUGCUUUAACCGUAGCAGUGUGGGUAGGUAGACGCAGACAGAGAGACUUUUUGCAUAGCACAUAACGUAAACACUGUAAGGUCAAGUGCCUGUCUGUUUUACCUAUAUAACAAGAUUGUACAAGUGUAUCACGUGUAUGAUUUCUCGAGGGUUAAAAGCAAGUUGAACUUGUACAGGACUACUGGUCACAAGCUGAUGAAAACGUGUAUUGUAAAACUGAAAAAUAUGGGAGCCAUCCUUAAAUGGAGAAAUUUACAGUUCAAUGUCACUUAUUCAGAGUUUUGUAAAUAUGUGAUGUUUACACUCAUGUUCUCGCUCCUUCCCUCGAUAUGAGACUGUAUGUAAAGAGUAUUUAUGAUUCAAAUGAUGGCCAAUUAAAGAAAAACACUCACAUGCAGUCAGAGUUCUGCAUGUACUCCUAAUAGUUUGAGAGAAUAUAUAACAUUUAAACUAAAAGUGUUUCAACAUUAAAGAAAAACGUGAAUCCAAAAUAAGAAUUAUAUUUAUGUCCACACAGCUUCUUUCCAGCCUUGCCUGCUGCAGUGCAAUAGAGCUGACAACAUGUAAAAUGCUACAUGGAAUAAACCCCCCCUCCUCCAUCCAUUGCAUGCUACAAGGCCUCAAUCUGAUCCCUGACUCUCUCAGUAGAUUCAAAUCGGUACGGUUCAGUAAAUAAAUAAGAUAUUGCUUGAAUCCUGAAAUUCCAGCUACAGGUUUCUGUAGUGCGUGAAUCUGCUUGUAAGCCCAGUCUGGAUUUAUGACCAGAGAAAGUCCUUAUUUAAACCUCAUACUGUAACCGUUUCCUUUUGUACUCGGAUACUGUGCAACUGUAUAUAAGGAGAAUUUGAUAUUCAUCAGAAUUUACAGCAAGAUUAUUAUUUUUGAUGUAUCUCUGCUUUAUUGGCUUGGAUUUAGUGGAGUGUGACGGGAGCUAUAUGAAAAAGAUAAACAGGGGAUAUAUCGAGGGAGCCCGACUCGGAGGAGAAGAGUCUCUGGCCUCUAGCACAGCAGAUCAUCCCUGCACCUUUAUUCUUAACAUGUGUGACAGCAUGUAAUUCUGUUUCCAUUGAGCUGUGAUGUGUACAAAUGUUUAUAUCUAUUAAAGAUAUUUUGUUGAAUUACA